AUGAAUCUUCAGCGCCGGAGUGUAAAACGGCGACGUUCAGCGUCAGGCUCGGACUCGCUCUCGGGAGGCGGCGGUGACAACAGUGUCGGCUCUCUGCAUCUUUCCGGGCCGGUACUGAGUCCACCCCCCGGCCUGGGACGCAGCCUGAAGGCGGCAGGUGCAGGGGUAUGCAAGCAAACGGUUCUUGAUGACCAAAUAGACAAGCUGCUAUUGGCAAACUGGGGACUUCCUAAAGCAGUUCUGGAGAAAUAUCACAGUUUUGGUGUAAAGAAGAUGUUUGAAUGGCAAGCGGAAUGCCUUUUGCUUGGACAAGUCUUGGAGGGAAAGAAUUUAGUUUAUUCAGCUCCUACAAGUGCUGGGAAGACUCUUGUUGCAGAACUACUUAUUUUGAAGCGGGUUUUGGAAAUGCGAAAGAAAGCUUUGUUUAUUCUUCCCUUUGUUUCUGUAGCCAAAGAGAAGAAAUACUAUCUCCAGAGUCUGUUUCAGGAAGUAGGAAUAAAAGUAGAUGGUUAUAUGGGCAGUACCUCUCCAACAAGGCAUUUCUCUUCUUUGGAUAUUGCUGUCUGCACAAUUGAGAGAGCCAAUGGGCUGGUUAAUCGCCUCAUAGAGGAAAAUGAGAUGGAUUUGUUAGGAAUGGUGGUUGUUGAUGAAUUACACAUGCUAGGAGACUCUCACCGAGGGUAUCUACUGGAACUUCUGCUGACCAAGAUUUGUUAUAUUACUCAGAAGUCAGCAUCUUGUCAGGUAGGUUCAGCUAGUCCUCUGUCAAACGCUGUGCAGAUUGUUGGCAUGAGUGCUACUCUUCCUAAUUUGGAGCUUGUGGCUUCCUGGUUGAAUGCUGAACUCUACCAUACUGACUUUCGUCCUGUACCACUUUUGGAGUUAGUAAAAAUUGGAAAUUCUGUAUAUGAUUCUUCAAUGAAAGUUGUGAGGGAAUUUCAACCCAUGCUACAAGUGAAGGGAGAUGAGGACCACGUUGUUAGUUUAUGUUAUGAGACCAUUUGUGAUAACCAUUCAGUAUUACUUUUUUGUCCAUCAAAAAAAUGGUGUGAGAAACUGGCAGACACCAUUGCCCGAGAGUUUUGUAAUCUGCACCAACAAGCUGAGGGAUUGGUAAAACCAUCUGAAUUUCCACCAGUGAUUCUAGAACAAAAGGGCCUCUUGGAAGUGAUGGAUCAGUUAAAACGGUCCCCUGCAGGUCUGGACUUAAUGUUACAAAAAACUGUACCAUGGGGAGUAGCAUUUCAUCAUGCAGGUCUUACUUUCGAGGAGAGGGAUAUCAUUGAAGGAGCCUUCCGUCAAGGUCUCAUUCGGGUCUUGGCAGCAACUUCUACUCUUUCUUCUGGGGUGAAUUUACCUGCACGGCGUGUGAUUAUUCGGACUCCAAUUUUCAGUGGUCGCCCUCUAGAUAUUCUAACUUACAAGCAGAUGGUUGGCCGUGCUGGCAGAAAAGGAGUAGAUACAAUGGGUGAGAGUAUCUUAAUUUGUAAGAACUCUGAGAAAUCAAAAGGCAUUGCUCUACUUCAGGGAUCUCUAAAACCUGUUCACAGUUGUCUGCAAAGACGAGAAGGAGAAGAAGUAACUCCAAGCAUGAUACGAGCUGUUUUGGAGAUAAUAGUUGGUGGAGUGGCAAAUACAUCACAAGAUGUGCAGACUUAUGUUUCUUGCACAUUUUUGGCUGCAAGUAUGAAAGAAGGAAAGCAGAGAAUUCAGAGAAAUCAAGAUUCUGUUCAACUUGGAGCAAUUGAAGCCUGUGUGAUGUGGCUGCUAGAAAAUGAAUUCAUCCAGGUUUCAGAAGCCAGUGAUGGAACAGGAGGAAAGGUGUAUCAUUCAACACAUCUUGGAUCAGCUACUCUUUCAUCUUCACUCUCUCCAGCUGAUACCUUAGAUAUUUUUGCUGACCUCCAAAGAGCAAUGAAGGGCUUUGUUUUAGAGAAUGACCUUCAUAUUGUGUAUCUGGUUACACCUAUGUUUGAAGACUGGAUUACUAUAGAUUGGUAUCAAUUCUUCUGUUUAUGGGAGAAGUUGCCAACUUCUAUGAAAAGGGUGGCAGAGUUAGUGGGAGUUGAGGAAGGGUUCUUGGCUCGCUGUGUGAAAGGAAAAGUAGUAGCCAGAACUGAGAGACAUCACCGACAAAUGGCCAUCCAUAAAAGGUUUUUCACCAGCCUUGUGCUAUUAGAUUUAAUCAGUGAAAUUCCCUUAAAGGAAAUUAAUCAAAAAUAUGGAUGCAGUCGUGGACAAAUUCAGUCUUUGCAACAGUCAGCUGCAGUUUAUGCAGGGAUGAUUACAGUGUUUUAUCGUCUGGGCUGGCACAACAUGGAACUACUACUUUCCCAGUUUCAGAAGCGUCUUACAUUCGGCGUCCAGCGGGAACUGUGUGACCUGGUUCGGGUAUCCUUACUUAACGCACAGCGAGCCAGGUUCUUCUAUGCUUCUGGCUUUCUUACUGUGGCAGAUCUUGCUAGAGCAAGUAUUGCUGAGGUGGAAAUUGUUCUGAAAAACGCUGUGCCUUUCAAAAGUGCCCGGAAGGCAGUGGAUGAGGAAGAGGAAGCAGUUGAAGAACGUCGGAAUAUGCGAACUAUUUGGGUGACUGGCAGAAAAGGUUUAACUGCAAGGGAAGCAGCAGCCCUAAUAGUGGAAGAAGCCAAACUGAUUCUGAAGCAGGACUUAAUUGAAAUGGGAGUACAAUGGGAUCUGUGUUCUCCUCUGAGUUCUGGUACACAUUCACUGACCAGUAGUGAGUCAGAAGCACAGGAGCAUAUGUUUAUACCCCAAAGUAUGAGUUCUCCUAAAAGAUUAGCAUCAAAGAACAAAAGCAAUAGAAGAUUUAGUGAUUCUUAUGUUAAGCAUUCACCAAGUAUAGUGCAAGAUUUAGAUAAAAUUGGAGAGCAUACAAGUUCCUUUCAUUAUACAUUCCAGGAGGGGAAUCAAAAACAUCAUAGACAUUCCAUUUUCAGAGCAAGAAAACAGGCUUCUUUGGAUAUAAAUAAGGAGAAGCUCAGAACCUCUCUGAAUGAGGAACAAACAAGCCCUAGGAAAGCUCUUCCGACUUUCUCCUUGGAGAAAACCAAAAAAGCAGCUUUGAAUUUCAGUUCAGAACAAAUGAGCGGAAGCUUUCAAUCUUGGAAACAUAGAAAGCACCAAAAACAAUGCAGUAACAGUAACCCUGUAGAAGACUCUGGGAUGCAUAGAGUUGAUUUACAAGGACAGACUAUGUCUAGACCUAUUCUUUGUGAAGAUUCAUUGACCAUGAAUGAGAAGAAUAUGCAAUUUAGAAACCCAGGGCCAUUUGGCAAAAAUGUGUCUUUUUGUGCUGCAGAAAAAUACAGCAAAACAUCAUGCCUAUUAAAAACAGAGCAAAGUUGUUUAAAGAAGAGGACAUUAGUUAACGAUACUCAAACAACAAUUAAUGAUAUUCUUGUAAAACAUUUUUGCACAGGAUCACUAAGUAAAAAUGUGACUUAUCAAACUACUAGUGUGGCUAGUAAAAAUGAAAAAGGAUCAUCUAUAGUUGAAACAGAAAAAAUAAGUGAAGUGCUGAUACAGAAUGAUUCAACAAAACAAAAUGUUUCUGUGAAAUACCAUGAGACCCACCCAAUUAGCCAAUGCCUAGAAAAGCAAUGUAAUAAACAGACAAACACUUACAUCAAACAGAAGAAUAUAGUAGAGAGGCAAAUGUCCUGUGAAGCAGUCAGUAGUUACAUACAUAAAGACUCAAGUGUUACUAGGGUCAAAUGUGGAAGUCUGAAGCUUAAUAAAGAAAAUAAUCCAAAUCAUUUUCAAGCAUUAGAAGUUGAGAUAAGCAGAACUGAGUCAACUGGAGCAUUCAGUAAAUCAAGAGGCCAGCAUAAGGACUUUCUAAAUUCUUCUAGAAUACAAGAAAAAACAGAUAAUUAUAUAACAAACAAUAUUGGAAAUAAUCACGUUUCUGACUUAGGUUUAGUUCUCUGUGAUUUUGAAGAUAGUUUCUACCUGGAUACACAGUCAGAGAAAAUAAUUCAACAGAUGACAGAUGAAAAUUCCAAACAAAGAACAAAAGGUACCAAUCUGGUAGCAGGGAUAAUGCAUAGUAGCUCAGACAAACAGAACUGCAUGAACAAUUUUCAGAACAAGUAUCACUUUACUUCACCCUGUGAACACCAUUCCUCAGUAGUGACUAACCCAGACCAUUUGAACCUUAAGACUGUAGAUACUAUGACACAAAGCGCUGAACAUGGAGUUGACAGACUGACUCCCAAAAGCCUAAUUUUUCAUUCUCCAAUACUGUUGGGGGAAAAUGACCCUUGCUUUAAAGGGAAUGAACUUUCUGUUACUGACUCCCAGUUGAACAGUUUUCUUCAAGGUUAUCAAACACAAGAAACUGUGAAAUCAGUCAUACCUCUGACUUCUCAAAAGAGAACUCCCACUGGUGUAGAGAGGGAAUAUCUGCCAGAUCCUGAAAAAAGUUUGAAUAUGAGUGAUAGUUUAUUAUUUGACAGUUACAGUGAAGACUUCCUAGUAAAAGAACAAUCACCCAAUGUACAAACCAAAGAACCUCUUCCUUCUAAAAUAACAUCAAACCAUGUCAGUGAUUCACUGCAUCUACAAGAAGACACUAUUAAAAAUGGAAAUAUGAAUGAACAUCAAGGUAUUCAGCAGUUGACUUGUUGCAAUGAUGAAUCUGUUAUUUUUUCAGAAAUCGAGUCUGUUCAGUUGGUUGAAGCUUUGGACAAUGUAGCUAUAUUUCCUGUUCCAGAGAAACCUAGCACUGCAUUAUCUCUUAGAGCAUUAGAACUAAGUGAUUCAGCAGUUAUAGCUAAUAGUUAUCCCCAAGGAGAAGUAAUUGGAAGAGAUCGAGAUGAAGGGACUCAAAAAUCCAAAUUAAUUGGGACAAGGCAUAAUAAUUCACUUAUAUGGUCAGGAGCAUCAUUUGUUUUAAGUCCAGGGCUACAAAGGAUUUUAGAUAAAGUGUCCCGUCCUCUGGAAAAUGAAAACGCAAUCACUGUAAACUUGUCUUGUUUGAAAGAAAAAAAUACAGAGUUAAAUGAGAGACAGGAAGUGAUUUCAAAUUUGGAGACAUACCAAGUACAGGGAAUUUCAUUUUUCCCUAAUAAUGAAAUAAAAAGCAAGAUUCUUGGAACACGAGAGAACAACCCCAGUCAAGGUGAAACCUCGUCCUCCUUGCCUAGUAAAGAAAGUUCUAUAGGUGAUGAUAAUGGUCUUAUUCCUCCUACACCCAGUCCAACAUUUUCUAAGCUGGCAUUUCCAGAGAUUCUUGGAACAUCUGUUAAACUUCAGAAAAGUAGCAGUGUUUUACAGCCUGGUGAAAUCUAUUUAUUCAGCUCACCUUCAGAUAUUAAAAAACAUGAUUUAAGUCCAGAGACCAGAAACAGUUUCAAGGAUGACAGUCCUAUGAGAGACACAAGUUUUUCAGUACAGUUGUCACAGGAUGGAUUGCAGUUAACUCCAGCCUCGUUCAAUUCAGAAAGUUUGGCCAUAAUUGAUGUCGCAAGUGACCAAACUCUCUUUCAAACAUUCAUUAAGGAGUGGCAGUGCAAAAAACGAUUUUCCAUCUCAUUGGCUUGUGAAAAGAUCAGAAGUUUGACAUCUUCUAAAAUCGCCACUAUUGGUGGUAGGUUUAAGCAAGUUAGCUUACUUCAGGAAACCCUUAUUAGAGAUGAUGGAUUUCCUGUUCAAGGCUCUGAUGACAUCUUGGUGGUUGGACUGGCAGUAUGCUGGGGUGGAAGAGAUGCCUAUUAUUUUUCAUUACAGAAGGAACAAACACAUUCUGAAAUCAGUGCCAGUUUGGCCCCACCUUCUCUGGAUCCAAACCUGACUGUGAAAGAGAGGCUGCGAUACCUUCAGUCCUGCUUGCAAAAGGAAUCUGAUAAAGAACGUUCUGUUAUCAUCUAUGACUUCAUCCAGAGUUAUAAAAUUCUUCUUCUGUCUUGUGGCAUCUCCCUGGAACAAAGUUAUGAAGACCCUAAGGUGGCAUGCUGGUUACUCAAUCCAGAUUCUAAGGAGCCAACUCUUCAUAGCAUAGUUACCAGUUUUCUUCCUCAUGAACUCCCGCUCCUAGAAGGAAUAGAGACAGGCCAAGGAAUUCGAAGUCUGGGGCUAAAUGCCAGCAUUGAGUACUCUGGGCGGUACAGAGCAUCUAUAGAGUCCAUUCUCACCUUCAACUCCAUGAAUGAACUCAACUCCUUGUUGCAGAAGGAAAACCUUCAUGAUGUUUUCCAUAAAGUGGAAAUGCCCUCUCAGUACUGCUUGGCUUUGCUAGAACUAAAUGGAAUUGGCUUUAGUACUGCAGAAUGUGAAAGUCAGAAACACAUCAUGCAAGCAAAACUGGAUGCAAUUGAGGCUCAGGCCUAUCAACUAGCUGGUCACAGUUUUUCCUUCACCAGUGCAGAUGACAUCGCAGAGGUUUUAUUUUUGGAACUGAAGUUGCCACCAAAUGGAGAAAUGAAAAUCCAAGGCAGCAAGAAAACACUGGGUUCUACCAGAAGAGGGAAUGACAGUGGACGCAAGCUGAGGCUGGGGAGGCAGUUCAGCACUAGUAAGGAUGUUUUAAAGAAAUUAAAGGAAUUACAUCCUUUACCAGGCUUGAUAUUGGAAUGGAGAAGAAUCAGUAAUGCUAUUACCAAAGUGGUCUUCCCCUUGCAGCGGGAAAAGCGUCUGAAUCCUUUCCUUGGAAUGGAAAGAAUCUACCCAGUAUCACAAUCACACACGGCUACAGGACGCAUAACCUUUAUAGAACCAAAUAUCCAGAAUGUGCCAAGAGAUUUUGAGAUUAAAAUGCCAACAUUAGUAGGGGAGAGCCCACCUUCCCAAGCCCUAGGCAAAGGCCUGCUUCCCAUGGUCAGAGGACACAGUAAGAAGAGUUGUGGACUGCAUCCUGGGUACCAGGCACUGAUGGGGGAGAAGGCCUCAGACAGAGGGGUGCCAUUUUCAGUGAGCAUGCGACAUGCCUUUGUGCCUUUCCCAGGUGGCUUAAUAUUGGCUGCUGAUUACUCUCAGCUUGAACUGAGGAUCUUGGCUCAUUUGUCUCAUGAUCGCCGUCUCAUCCAUGUGUUAAACACUGGAGCUGAUGUGUUCAGGAGCAUUGCGGCAGAGUGGAAGAUGAUAGAGCCUGAGUCCGUUGGGGAUGAUCUGAGGCAACAAGCAAAGCAGAUUUGCUAUGGAAUUAUUUAUGGAAUUGGAGCUAAAUCUCUAGGAGAGCAGAUGGGCGUUAAAGAAAAUGAUGCGGCUUGCUAUAUUGACUCCUUCAAGUCUAGAUAUACAGGGAUUAAGAAUUUCAUGAGAGAAACAGUGAAGAAUUGUAAAAGAGAUGGCUUUGUUCAGACCAUUUUGGGAAGGCGUAGAUAUUUGCCAGGAAUCAAAGACAACAACCCUUAUCAUAAAGCUCACGCUGAACGUCAGGCCAUCAACACAACAGUCCAAGGAUCAGCAGCAGAUAUAGUCAAGGUAGCCACAGUUAACAUUCAGAAGCAAUUAGAGACCUUCCACUCAACCUUCAAGUCCCACGGUCAUUGGGAGGGUAUGCUCCGAAAUGACAGAACAGAAUUAUUGCCCAAAAGAAGACUGCAAGGGAUGUUCUGCCCAACCAGAGGAGGCUUCUUCAUCCUUCAACUCCAUGAUGAGCUUUUAUAUGAAGUGGCAGAAGAGGAUGUUGUUCAGGUAGCUCAGAUUGUCAAGAAUGAAAUGGAAAGUGCCAUAAAACUUUCUGUGAAACUUUCUGUGAAAGUGAAAAUAGGAGCCAGCUGGGGAGAACUGAAGGACUUUGAUGUAUAA